AUGCCUAAAAAUCAUCAAAAAUGUACCAGAAAAAAUCGUCGAACAAUCAAAUCUACAUCAAAAAGAAUAAAACCCCUGAAGCAUUCAAAAAAUGAUUUGAAAUCAGUUAAAUUGUCAACAUUUUCAUCAUUACCGACGACGACGACUGAUAGGCAACAUCAACAACAAUGUGACACAUUGUCAUCGAAUUUUACACUUAAUAACAAACAAUUACAGCAUCAUUGUAAUUAUGAAUUAAGUAAUCUUUUAGCUAGAAAGCUUUAUUUAUCUGUUACAAAUAAUCAGUUGCCCAGGGAGAAAUUCAAAUAUCAUCAAAGUAUAUUUUCAAAAUGGACACUGGAUCCGAUUGAUUUGUCAUUGGCUGAAAAAUCAACCAAUAAGAAGUUGAUGACAACAACUACAACAACAACAACAAAUCCUUCAACAAAUCAAUUGCAUAAAUUAAAACAAAAACGAUUCAGUGUUUCACAUAAACAUCAUCAUCAUUAUCAUCAUCAUAAGCUGACAAAAGUGACGAAUGAAUUUCAGCAUACAGAUGAUAUUGAUUAUUAUAUAAUGAAUUAUCGUCAACCAAAACUAUUGGAACAAUUGAAACACGCGUGCAAUUUUAAUGAUACAAUUAUGACAGCAGGUGAAGUGAAUUCAGCUAAAAUAAAAAAUCCAACAAAUGCGACAGCAUAUGAAAAAGGAUCUCACUGUACUAACAGCACAAAACCAUCUUCAACAGUUAGCAGCUCAAGUCAUGUGAAUAACUCGAUAGAAAGUUCAGUAGAAGUGAAGUGUAUUCAUGAUGAGAACAAAUUGGUAAAUUCAAAUGAGAAUGAAGAUGCUACUGUCACUACAGAUAUUGCCACUACUACAAAUGCUACUAUUACUAGCACCAGUACUACUGAUAACGACAAGAAUAGUAAAAUCUCUAACAAAACUCAAAGUCAACUUAAUAGUAAUGAAAUUAACAACGAUACUAUAAUCAACAAUAUGACUGAUAAAACACCAUUAUCUGAUGAAAAUGAUAUAUGGAUGAUUUACGGUUUGUCUUUACAAUAAAUCUCAG